AUGGAAUUCUCAGACCUUAGUCAAGACUUGGUUGACAAGAUUCUCGUCAGCCUGACCGACUUCAAGUCGCUUGCCGCAACUAUCCUCACCUCGAAGCAUGUCUAUGACGUCUUUCAAACACGCCCAAAGUCUAUCGUCGCCGCCGUCGCUUGCAACGUUGUCGGCCACGCUGACGUCCUACCCGCUGCUGUGAGAAUGGUCCGAGCAUAUCAAGACAGCAACGAUCCCGAAAGUGAUGAAGAUACCGACGAAGACGACGACUACGAUGAAGAAGAGAAUGAAGAACGUCCCGAAGACGAACAGUGUGGACCUCCUCCGCCAGAGGACGACGUGAUGCGCAUGUCCCUAACCCGCACACAGGCUGAAUCACUCGUCGAUCACGCACCGAUUUUGCAGGAACUUGAGAAUUUCUUCAGCUGGAUGCACAAGGACCGCAUGUCCUCUGCGAGUAUGCUCGCCGAGGACGAGUCGGUGAGCUUCCGGCGUGCAAUGUACCGCCUAUGGCUCUAUCGCAAGCUGUUCAAGCAUCCGAGAUAUUUUUUCAACCUGCAGCAGCCUGAUGACGAACAAUACCGCAAGGUUAUUCGGCCACGCUUGGACUUUCUCACGGCGUUCCCGCUAGAGGAGCUGCAUGAUAUCUGGCGCGCAGUGUCGUUCACCACGGAGCUGCUUCAAUGGGCGACUACAGUCUGCCGAGAUGUGCUCCUUGCUCCAGAUAGCUACCGGUCUGCUAUCCGGCGCAUCUUCCCCUAUCUGCAGGGUGGCAGGUGGCAGCCGCAGCUCUUCGAGGCUGUGUAUGCUAGCAUCCUGGAAAAGGCCGAGAUAGGUGCUGAGGACCGCGAUGCGGCGACGGCAAAGGCGAUCUUGCGCAAGGUCGUCGGAGAGCAUGAUGCCUGCGAUCGCUGCCACUCUGUACAAGGGCCCAAGCUCUUCGGGGCAAAUAAUUGGGGUCUCCUCCAUGGGCACCUUAGCCCAUCAAUAUUCGAGACGCUGCUCCAUGGCAGACUUCGCUACAAUAUUUGGGAAAUGAUGAGGAUGUACGAAAUCCUAUUCGCGCAGGAGAACGGCACGGUCAGCUUUCGAUCGCCGAACUACAACCAGGUCAUGGAGGGGCUGUUCGAUACCGUUGUUCCCGGGGAGGGGGACGCGCCAGAUGUGUGGUCGAAGGACGGUUGGUACUGCUUGGAAUGCGUCCGGACGCUCUUUAAGGAGCGGCUCAUGUGGUAUUGGCGCGCAAAGAAGGAGGAGGCGGGAAUACCUAUCCUCGAGGAUUGCUGGUACGGGUACAACUGCCGGACUCAGUCGCAUAAGGAGCAACACGCGAAGAGGCUUAACCACCUCUGCGUGCCUACACGCGGCGACUAGAUCUCCAAUGAACAGGAAGACGGGUACGCUAGUCGAAACAUGAACGAUGAACAUGUAUAUCUUGACCGUGUUUGAGUUGGACAUUGUCUAUAGAUUCUGGACUAUAUGUGUGCUUGGGAUGAUCAUAUUUAUUGGAGGAAAUUGUAACCGUG